AUGGCCGUCGACGCCGAUGCUCAAGACUCCCUUCCGCCAACCUUGAAGCCUCAAUUGGACCAAGCGGCUGUAGACCAGCGCGAGCGAGAACACACUCCAAAGCCAAAUCCAGUCGUGCAAAAGAUCACCGAAUGCUUUCCUCCCGCGUCCAAGAUGCUCGGACCCAAGGACGACAAGGCCCACGAGCAAGCUCAUCCUCCCGGCCCGCCAGACCGGCCAGAACACGACGCCAAGAUUGAGAGAUUUGUUCGUGACCAGCACAGGAGCAAACAGCCAGGAGGCGACCUCGUCGAGGUAGCGCAGGAUGGAGGGAGCUGA